UUCGCUUUCUGGGUUGUUUUUUUCUUUUAAUGUUUUUUCGGCCAUGGACGGUCAGACUAAAAGCGUAGCUUUUCCUACAUUACUAGGGUGCCAACGUGAAACUAUUACGAGCCCUAGCUUUACAUCUCAACUUUUCUGCUACUCUGCUGUUGCCGACGAAGAUCUUUUCUCGAUCUCUACGUUAUUGACUUCUGUUGACCACUGUAUUUUCGGUUUCCCUUCAUCUCUGUGGAGGAUAAAAGUUCCCGUCGAUGGAUUUUGCCCGUUCCCGGGCGUCUCUGCACGGUAGGUUCUGAUAAUUUGGUAAUGAUGGAUUUGGUUUCAUGGUGUUGAAUUACACGAGCUACUGUCUUGUUGAGUUGGAGAAUGGGAUCGUCUAUUCUGCGUUACAAAGACAAGAAGAACUGAAUAAUGAGAUUCAUAUUAAUUAUGGACGAAAGAAUUUGGCAAGAUAAAUGAGAUUGCAUACUUAUGUGUUACAGCCCCGGGUCAAGCUUCAGUUUCAGAGUGCUGCAAGAAUUCGAUACUUGUGCUCUUUCGGUCGAUGGGAAUUAUGUUAGUGAAUCAGGCCCUUAAAAUUUUACUUUUGUUUGCUUACUUCUGUUAAUCUAACUCUUGCAUUUUGCUCUUUCCUGGAUGAAGUGCGAGCAAUAGAAAAAAGUAAAAAGAACUUUGUCAUUUGAAUUGGGGCCACUGAUAUUUUGAAAAUUCACUCUUGAAGGCAUUAAUUCCAAGAUGCUUUCUUUACUAAAAAUCGUAUAUUCAUCGUCAUAUCAUCAUAAUACACCUCCCAAAGAGAUAAGUCAAGAUUCUGCAACUACAAUUUCUUCAUGUUUGGUUAUUAUGAGUUUGAUUGGUUCUGUUUAAUUGUAGAACUGUUUUAAUUUUGUCUAGACUGCACUGAUUUGUAAGUUAUGUUGAAUGUCCGUCUUAUAGAAUGCUGCAUGGCCUUGUCUGAGUUUUGUCUUGAUUCUAUAUUUGUAGUUUAACCAAAGUUUCUCGUGACUCCCCAUCUUUCAUCUUAAUGUUGCUAAGAAAUCCUUAUUUUACUUCCACCUCCAUAUCUGCACUUUGUUCAGUACUUUCUAUCAAAAAGACUUGAGGGCCACUAAAUUGAUUUUGACUUGAUGUGAUCUAGACAAAUAUAUGUUCUGUACAUUUUGUAGUUGAGGAAAUCUAAUUAUCCAUUGGUUAGAUCAUAAGAGGUCUCUCAGCAAUACAGGAUACAUGUGGCAGAAAUUUGGGAAUUUUCACUUGCUGCAGCAAAUUUAAUAGAGUCCACAAAUGUUUUGGUUAUAUAUCUCUCUCCCCAGGUGGGGAGGUCAGAAUGACGAAGUAGAGUAGGUAGGCUUAUUCGUGGAUGUAUUGGAGUCACUUUUCAUUUCAUUUCCUUCUCCCCCAUUUUUGCAGGAUUUCCACUUCUAGUCUUGUGGUCCAAACCUGAAAAGCAGCUCUGAUUAGACAGUAAAAGAAGGAAACUUUUCUUUGAAAGAGUAAAAGAAGGAAGCUAAAAAGCAAAAACCAGAACUGGGGUUAUAAUCAUAACCUUAUAUCAUAAGCAUAAAAAAUACAGUUGAUAGUUAAUAAUCAUCCAUUUGUUUUAGAAGAACUUAGUGGUUGGUCUGCUCCCCCGCUUGAAAGUUGAAACCAUGCGUAUGUGCAGGCCAUUUAUGCUACCUGGGUCUACUAGAUAGGUAACUAGAAUUUCAAGUGUAUAUAAUAUUGCUUCGUGUCUGUAAGAAAUUAUUCUUCUCCAAUAGGCAAUGGCCGAUUAUUUGAUAAUCUGAGCAGAAGUUAAUCCUUGAUAGAAUUGAUCUUUUGAUUUGGACCUUUACGAUUUUAUCUGAAGAUUUUUAUGCAUUGGAAGCUUGUUUGGACCAAGUGUAAUGAACUUUAGUUUACUGAUUAGAACCUUAUGGUGUUGCUUUCUAGAUUAUGAGGCAGGUGUUCUGCAACAUUUGUAUUGGAUAAAGGACAAUCCACUCAGGUUACCAUGGGAUAAAACAUAGAUGCACUGCUAGGUCUACUCAGGUUUUUAGGAAUCAGCAGGCUACAUGGGAGGCAUAUUGCAUCUCUUUGAGUUUAACCAAGCCAGCAUGUCCCGGAAGUCACUAGGGCACAGUAGACAUGUUGAUGGUCUUGAAGCCCCUCGGAACAGCUUGGAGCUGCCAAUAGAAACUUCACAGAACUUCUGUUCUACAUCCGGAAACAUUCCGUAUUCAUAUCAAGUGAAGCAUACCUCCUCCAGAAAGAAUUGUUAUCCAAGUGAGGCUUCUGUGAAGAAUUUGAUUGAUGAGGAGGUUUACAGGGGACCAGCCACUAGGCGGAAUGUGCCUAGUGUUGUGGCCCGUUUGAUGGGGAUGGAUAUGCUACCAUCAGAAACACAACCAGCAAUUCAUGCAAAGGAGAAAAAGAAUGAAUACAUGGGAAACAAUUUUAGAAAUGGUGAACAGUACGAAAAUGGCUCAGCUGGACGUAGUGCUUUUGGAUCAAAACCCUUGAGGAAAACAGAGAUGGAUUUUCUAACCUUUUCUAGACAAGAAGAUACUGACCUAUCCAGUAGUGACAUGAAAUAUGGAAAACGACGACCUCGAGAACAUCCUCAAGAGGAGGAAUUGCAGAAAUUCAAAAAAGAAUUUGAAGCAUGGCAAGCAGCGAGGAUUUGGGAACAUAGAAAAGUUGUUGAGCUUGGUAGAAUUCCUGGUCAAUGGCUUGCUCAAGAGAACUUCAACAAGGAAACAAUCGCACUCCAUGCAGAAUCUAGGAGUUUGAGAGAAAAGAAGAAUCCUAGAGAAUCAAACAGUCAUACUUCAGUGGCAACACUUAAGGGAAGAUCACAAGAAAGAGGUGCAUUACAGCAUCAAGGAUUUAAAAAGGAAUCUUCCUCAGCUAACCAAAUUGACUCUGUCGUCUUAAGAAACAGAACAAAUUCUAGUGAUGCUGAGCAGAUCUCCCUAACAAAUUGUAAUCAGAAACCAGGCAAGUCUUCUAUGCCCACAAGGAUAGUGAUCUUAAAGCCUGGCCCUGAUGGGAAUUGUGAUAGUGAAGAUUCUUGGGCUGGUUCGUCAGAGACUGCUGAAGAGGAAGGUGGUAUUGAAGCUUUGCUUGAGGAAGUAAAGGAAAGGCUGAGAUGUGAAAUUCAAGGCAAGAGUGCUAAAGGAGAUAUAUCAGUUAGAAGGGUUGGAAUUGGGGCCCCUUUCAGUGGAAAACAAUCAGAUCCAAAAGAAAUUGCUCAGAAUAUAGCAAAGCAGGUCAGGGAAAGUGUUACCAAGGACCUUGGAAUGAAUUUACUACGAUCAGAAUCAGCUAGAUCUUACAGAAGUGAAACUCAGAUAAAUGGACAAGGCCCUCUCGAGUUCAUUAACAGAGACAUGGGGAAAUGCUUCUCUGAGAGGCUGAGGAACGUUGUAAAAAGAGAAAAACGUGUUGAUGCCCCCACAAGUAUCAGUGGCAGCUCGAGAGCUUCUGCUUUAUGCAAUAAUGAGAGUAGAAUAAGGCCAAUUGAAGAUGCUUUGAUGACUAAGAACAUUGAGAAUCGCUGGGAAGAUUUGGCAGAUGAGCCAGAAAUUCAAACAAGAUCUUUCAGACAUGGGCAUAAAAGUGAUGAAAUGCUUUAUACAGGGGAGUUAUCUCCAAGAAACCUAAUCAGAUCAUUGUCAGCUCCGGUAUCAGGAAAUUCAUUUGGGAAACUUCUUUUAGAGGACCGACACAUUUUAACUGGAGCCCAGAUCAGGAGGAAGCAUGAAUCCACUGAAAAUGUUUCAGUGGAAUUGAGAAAAAAGAGGAAAGAGAGGUUCAGUUUUAGGGGGAAAGUCUCAAAUCUCCGAUACAGUUUUACUCUUAGAGGUAAAUUAUUCAGAAGGAAGAUUCAAGUAGUUAAGGAAUCAGGAAGCAAUGGAUCUGGUCCUGUGAAAGAUAUCAUGAGUGGACCUACAGUUGUGAUGAAUCCUGGCAAUGCACAUGACAACUCAACUGAGGUGCCACCUAGCCCUGCAUCAGUGUGCAGCAGUGGUCAUGAAGAGUUGUGUCAGCCAGUGGAUCAUCUCAGCCCAAUCUCCACUUUAGAUAUGCCUUUGCUAGAAGACUGUCCCAUGCCACGGGUUUUCAGAGAGAUCAGCUCUAAUCUUCAAGAGCUAAGGAGGCAGUUAAAUCAACUUGAUUCUGAUGGGCCUGACGACACGCUGACAAGAGAGGAGCCCCGAGAAGUUGAAACGCUUGAGAUACAAGAUGAGAAACAAGCAUACAUAAGAGAUCUUCUCAUUGCUUCUGGUUUAUAUGAUGGACCAUUUGAUUGCUCUUUUUCGAAGUGGGACUCUCUUGAAAAACCGAUUAGCUACUUGAUCUUUGAGGAAGUAGAAGAGUCUUACAAAAAAAGGGCCAAGGAGAAUGAAGAGGAAACUAGAGAUCAGAAGGAAAGCAAGGAAGCCCGCAAGCUGUUAUUUGACUUGUUAAAUGAAGCACUAGCAACAAUACUUGGAUCUCUUAUGACAACGUCCAGAUUUAAGAGAAGGGUUCUUGGUCCCUCUAUAAUACUGCCAUCUUGUGGAAAGAAAUUGCUGGGUGCUGCAUGGGAAAUGAUCCAUAAACAUGUAAAUCCUCCAAUGGAUGGAUCCCAUUAUUCACUUGAUGGCAUGGUGGCUUGUGAUCUAGGGAAAACCCCUUGGUCUGGUAUGAUGCUUGAUGAUGUUGAUGUAAUAGGAAGAGAGAUAGAAUGGAUGAUCCUAGGGGAAUUGAUGGAGGAAACUGUGAGGGAUAUGUGGUUAUAUUAAUGGUGUAACUGGUUUUCUGUGUAGAUAGGUAUUCCAACAUCGUAUCCAGAACCGGAAUACUAAUGAGUUUUUUUGUUUCAUUUUGGAAUUGUGUAUUAUAGUGAAUCCUGGUUGUAAAUUGAUGUUUGUGAUAUACGGCCCAAUAUUCCUUUUACAGAUUGGGGACUCCGGGCUCCAAAUUGCAGGAGCUCAUAAUACAUAACAUGUACAUGUAUUGUUUUUUUAAGCUUAUCUGUGACUGUGGCAAUGGAGUUGUAAGAUUUAGAUUAUUUUACAACUUUUUUCUUCUUAAUA